UAGCCGGAGUUCAUACUUACGAGCUUACAGUGAGCACCUGAAGGCAGCAUCGCUUCAACGGAGAAGUUCAUGUCCGAAAGCUUCCGCGUGCGCACCUUCAAAGAGCAGUUGUUUCUCCUGCGGAAUCUUGACCUCUGACCUCUGUCAUGACGUCCACAUCCAUCACCCCUGGAGUCGUGGUCAUCACUCAGGUCAUUCCUCGAGAUGAAAUCUCCAUCACGCUCCAGACCGCCGCCGCCACCACCAAAACAACUCAGGCCCCGCCCCCAGCCACUCAGGCCCCGCCCCCCAGUUCUGCCUCCCCAACCAAGAUGAACGACAUGACCGCCGCCUUCCUGCAGGGGGAGCCGCAGGGCCUCGGGUUGGUUCAGAUCUUCAUCGGGCUGCUCUGCAUCCUGUUCAGUCUCACCGCCGUCUACUCAAAGAUCCUGGUCGUUCACGCUCCGCUCUGCGUCGCCGUCGUCUUUGUGUUUUCCGGCUCGCUGGCCGUGGCGGCGAGGAGAGCGACGUCACUCAGACUGGUGUGGGCGACGCUGGUUUGGAACGUGAUCAGCGCCGUGCUCAGCCUGGGGGGCGUGGCCUAUCUUUGCUGGCUGCUGUCUGACGGCCCCCCCUCCCAACAGCUCUGCAGAGACAAAACGGUGGAGUCCAGGAGCGCGAUGGACGACUGGACGACGUGCACCUACAAACUGUGGCGGCUGGAUGUGGUUCUGUUCGGACUUCGUGGUCUCGUCCUGGUUCUGCUCGUCCUGCAGGUUUGUGUCGUCGUCCCCGUCUGUGUUUUCUCCGUAAAAGCAAUCAGACGCCACGACGGCUACGCCCGCUACGCCCCCAUCACGGUGAUGGUUGAUGAUGGCAGCGCUAUGGCGUCCGGUGCGGCGUCGGAGUUCGGCAGUGACGUCGCCCUCUUGGGCAGCGAAGACGAGGAAACUUCCAAACUGCCUCCGAACUCACCGUGAGAGUACAAACAAAACCCUCUGAUACCACUAUGAAUACUACAGUAAUACUACAGUAUUACUACAGUAAUACUAGAGUAAUACUACAGUAAUACUUCAGUAAUACUACGGUAAUACUAGAGUACUAUCAUACACUGAUUCUUUCCGUCACUAUGAACUAUAAUCAUCACUGUUUAUCUUUCUCUGCUUGUCAUCACUUUAUCUUUGCUGCUGUGGUCCUUUGACAGGAGUUGACAGUUAGCUAGUCGUCAUUUUAAUGCAUUCUGGGUAAUUCGAGGGUUAAUCUGCAGUAGUUGUUAUUGAUUUUAAAUAUGCAGCAGAUGAUACAGACUCUACUUUGUCUUCAGUUGAAGAUUUGUAACUGUAACACACAGUGAACCAACAUGUCAGAACAAACUGAGGUACAACUUAAAGUAACGUCUCACAGCAGGAAUCAAAUUCUCUAGAUGGAUGUUUACUGAAAUGCUUUUCAAAAUAAAAAUUAAUAAAAGUUGUUUUGAUGCCAAAUUCAGCAGAAGACACUAAAGGUAAAGAAUGACACGUUGAAAGCUUUUCUAUCUGUUGACACGUUUGUUGUAAACAUUUAUGAAUCAAUAGUGAUUUUUUUUCCAUGUUUGUUCUUAUUAAAGCAAAUAUGAGCUUCA